GGGCACGGAGGAAAGUGUGUGAAGGAGCCUGUCGAGGAGCGGAUGUGAGGGAGGACAGUAAAAAGCUCAGGGACCAGGAGAGGGCUUGAUAUAAAGGCUGGCCGGGACGAGCUGCAGUCAGACCGGUACAGCUCUGCUCAUCUUAAAGCACACUCCCUUCAACUUCACUGACCAACACUGAAACAGCACGACAGAGCAGGAUGAGCAUGCGCGGAGCAGUGGCAGGUUGCGUGGUGCUGGUGUGCCUGGUGGCGCUGCUGGCUGAGAGGGCAGAAGGACACAUCACUUUCUUCAGCCCAAAGGAGAUGAUGCUGAUGAAGGAGCGAGAAGGAAGAAAGGAUAUGGAGCCCCGAUCGGAGGACCUUCAGUUUGAAGAGGUUACAGCCCAACAGCCUCCUCAGGAAAAAACUGUGGAGAUUGCCAUCCGCCUUUCACCCAAACAGCUAGAUCAGGUGGCUCCCGUGCUCGAAGAGAUCAUCCAUGAAAUAGCAGAGGAACAUCAGAAAGCCAAAUAGAGAGGCCAAACAGAGGGGAUGAAUGCUGUACAGAUACUUCAAAAAGCACUGAAUUCCUAAAUGUUUUGUUGUGUUUUAUUCAAUCAUUCAAUAAAGGGAAAAUUUUUGUGUCACUUUA